AAGGCUGUAUGCAGAGGCAGGAACUAGCAAAACCAGAAGAAGGGGAGAAAAGUUUCUUAUCUUCUCUCUCGCAGCAGGAGGAAUGAACCAAUCCUGAAUGUGAGGGGAUACAUGUGUGUUGAUGAUUAUCCCGUUUUGCCUAAAAUACCACCUGGAGAUAUCACCUGCUCAUUAUUUGGGUGUUUCUUUGUUCUUUUUUUUUUUACUCGUGUUUUUAGAUGGCCCUGUGUUUUUUCCAUCUCAUUCAUACCUUUCCACCCCCCCUUACUUAGACUUGAGCGUUUGAGAGGGUGGAAUUUGAUAUGUCUUCUUCUUUCAUACUUCGAUGCUCGUACUCGCUAUAGACUGUUUCGGUUUCCUUGAGACACUGGUGUCCUGAGGUUAGGAAUUUAUUCUUUAAGACGUUUA